AAUCGAGUAUUUUUCCUUCUUUUCUCUUAAAUUUAGCUGAAAAAUGUUCCUUUUUUGGCGGAAAAAUAACAGGCAUGGUGCAACGCAGCUGGAUAGUUCAGAUUUCGACAGAAAUUAAAAUGUUGAUUUUGAUUUCAUAGGCAUUUAAGCCCCUAAUGAGACUUUUAGCAAUUGCUUGAAACCUGCUCUAGCUUUAUAUUUAAAAACAUUAUCAUUUAAAUUGGGAUGAUAAAAACGCUUGGUUUCAAAAUUUAUUUAUUUAUUUAUCCAGGAAGUCUUAAGAUCUCCGCUAAAUGAUGCUUGAUGUGAGAUUGUCAAAAUUAAAUCCCCCAAAUAAAUUGCUGGUCAUCCAAUUCGCAAUAACAAAUCCCGAAUUUUUUUCCAUUGAUUUCCACAACUCCAAUAUACUCGACGCACUUUCUAUAAAAAUCCUACAACUUUUAAUCUAUCAAAAGGUGCGAAAAAUUAUAGUCAUAUUUCAUUAUUCUAGUGCACGUGAACGUGCACUAGAAUAAUGAAAUACCGUUACCUAUAAAUAAAAAUUAAUCAUUAAUACUCUUGUAUUAUGUUUUUUUAAAUUAAUAUUAAACAGAACGGCACAAUAAUAAAUUAAUAAAGGCUUUCAUUCAUGCCUGUUAUAUGUUUUAAUUAAUCAAACUUUGACCCAGCCUCUUUUCCUUUUCCAUUCGAUAUCUUACAAAACAAGCAUUGAGAAGGCUUGGGAAGGAGUUAGCAUUUGUAGCUAGCAGUGAAAUAUGCAAUGCUCAUUUAGUUUUAGAAAAAGCAUCUUUAGGAAAUGGCGCAGCCUGAAAUCGAUAGCGAUAUUCUUUGAAUGAUUUUUUUGGUAAAUAAAGCAGAACAGCUGAGAAGAAGAUUUUAUUAUACCUUAUAUUACCGAGGUCUGAAUAUGUAUUAACCGAAUUUUGUCGGGAAAGAAGCGAGAAACGUAAAGGUGUUUGGAUAUAUCAAUAUGGCAGCUUAUUUAGUCCAGUCGUACAUUCUGGAUCUUUCUGAUGAGCCCACUAAACUUCUGGGUGAGAUUGACUUCGGCUCAUUUUCGUGCCAUUUGGGAUUAAAAUCUAUAUUUGAAAGCGCCGAUUCCUUGUUCGAGGAAGCCUUUUUACAUCGGAUCACCGAAGUAAAUUAUAAAGAAAUAACACACGACACAAAGAACAAAGAAUCGUUCCAUAAGAGGGUUGCAAAAGAAGAGGGGUCCAAAAAAGGUCUCGUACAAGUGGAAAAAGAAACGAUUCAAGAGAGUUAUACAAACGUCAAGGAAAAUAAAACAAUAGAAAAACAACAAAGAGAAAGUGAAGAAGGAGAUUGGACAAACAUUCCAGAAAACCACCCAAUCAUCUACAAAAGAGAACUCGACCCAGACCUUUGCACAGGUUUUGAUACAAAAGCGGGAAAGGAAAUUUUUAAACGCGCAAUGUUGGGCAACUUUAUGAACAUUUACUUUGUUUUAUCACAACAUUUUCAUACACAAUGCGAACCGAAUUACUGUGCUGCUGGAACGCUUGCUAUGGUCUUAAACUCUUUAAAAGUUGAUCCUAGACGCAUGUGGAAGUAUCCAUGGAGAUGGUACGAUGAAUACAUGCUAAAUAGUUGUGUUAGUUUGGAGACAAUGAAAAGUUCAGGAUGUAGUUUUGAUGAUUUGGCUUGCAUUGCAAGAUGUAACAAGUUAUCUGUCGAAGCAGUUCGUGUUUCACCGAAGACUUCUAUCAUCGACUUCAGAAAUGAUGUUAAACGGUCAUGCACUUCAGACGACACUGUUUUAAUUGUAAAUUACGCAAGAGGAGUCUUGAAUCAAACUGGUACUGGACACUUCACUCCUAUUGGUGGAUACGACGAAAAAGAAGACAUGGUAUUGAUUCUUGACACAGCUCGAUUCAAACACCCUCCUCAUUGGGUGUCACUGGAAGUAUGUUACAGAUCAAUAGCUGAGAUUGAAACAUCAUUAAGUGGAUACACAGAAGACAUGUCGCGAGGUUACUACCUGAUGAAAAAAAACGAACUAAAUCCAUCCGUCAUACUAAAAUUUUCAAAUAACUAUACUCUAACGGUUUGUACGACGAAUCAAUCGAAACAUGAAGAAAUUGAAAUAUUUCGGAAAAUAUACAAAAGCUGGGAUGUUUGGUUAGACACGGUUGCUUAUGAAAUCAAAAACAUCGACCUUAUCUCUCAUGCAAUUCAACAAAUCUUACAAAUAUCACGCAUAGUUAGCAACCAAACUAAAAUACAUGGGAAAAAUAGGAAACGUGAAAACACUCCUUUUAAUGCUAGCAUUACGGAAGAGAAGCUUGCUUCAACGAAUGUUCACAAUCUAGUGCGAGCUGCCAUGGGCACACUCUCUAAAACUGAUAUAGAUAACAUACGCUCGACAACAACUUGGAUUGUGAAUGUUUUCAAACCACCGUCUGGUAUUCUUCAAACAGAAGAAAAAAAUAACUGGAAUAUUGAAUCUUUUAUAUCGUCACUUAUACUACUCUGGCCGUACAGGACAGAGAGUGACAAAUCAAAGCAAACUUUCCGAAGUUUAUUACAAUCGCUUAUAUCAGAAGACAUAGGAAAAUUUCCAAGUAGUUUAGUUUUGUCGAUAGACCAACAAAUCCGUUGGAUCUGGAAAGCGCUGGAACAUGUAGGCCACGAACAGCAAUAUUGCCAACAGGAGUACUAUUUUGAUUAAAGAGAUUACGACUUUAUCUUGAUUUUAUUUAUUUAUUUUUUUUGCUUAAUAUUUGACCUAAAGCCAAAUUUACACUUAAAAUGUAGUUCCUUGCGGUCUUUCUUUUUGUUUACAUCGAACUUCAAUUUAUCAGUGUAAUUGUAGCUGAAAGGAACCAUCCAAAAAAUAACACUUGAAUGCGUUAUUUUUUCCUAAUUAACUUGCAACAAAUCCAGGACCAUCCACCCUCCUCAUCCUGUUACAAAAUUUUUGUUACUUACCGUAAUGCUUCGAAUAAACGCCCAGGGCGUUUAUUAAAUUUUUUGACAUUUUAGGGGGCGUCUAUUCGAGGGGGCGUUUCAAAGAAGGGGGCGUUUAUUAAAUUUUUUACACUUCGUCUCUUUUGCAGUUUUUAUGGAUACCUAUAAUAUAAACUUUACAAUAUAUCUAAAUUUCCAACCUUAAACCUAAGAUUUAGGAAAAAGGUGUUUAUAGAAAAUUUCCUUAUUUUACCGAUGUAUCAAAUAUGAGGGAUUGUGUUUAGUCGUAUUUAUGAAAUUUCUAUGUUAUAUUAGCACCAUUAAAAUUGCCUUUUAAUUAAAAGAGCAAAACAAUAACAGUUAUUGAUUUUUUCAUAUACUUUUACUAUGGCCUCGAAUAAACGCCCCUCAUGAGGGAAGAGCGUCUAUUAGAGGGGGCAUUUAAUAGAAGGGGGCGUUUAUCCGAAGCAUUACGGUAUCCAAGAGAACAAGAAUUUUGAGAAAAGGAUAUCACAGAGCUGUUUUUCUCCUUACAAAAUCAUCUUAACUUUUAACGAAAGUUAGCACACAGUUUGGGUUCUAGACGGCAAAAUUGGAUGGAAUUCCUGGUGUUUAAGAAAGAACCAAAAUUAUAUCCUUUCCAAACAUUAAUAGAAUUUUUACCCUUAGUGAUAUAUAUAUUUUUAUGCACGGAUGAAUUAGGAUUUUUACUCAAGCACUUCAGCAAAUCACGGAGGACGCAUUCAGAGACAAAGUUCAUAAAGGAUUAUGAGACACAUCAUCAUUUAAAAAAAUCAUUACACCGGAUAACGUAUAAGAAAAGCAUGUACCUUCCUACCUCCAACGUUCAAUUUUUUUGUUUUGUUUUAAUCUUAAGAGCACCAGACAUAUUUUAUUUAAUAUAUUGUUUCUGUAUAUAUUCUUCUUAUAGGAUUUCUUUAUAGGUUUAAGAAUUAUUAU